AUGCUGCAGCGGGCGUGGGCCACGCUCGUGCGCGCGCCGCGUGUGCUGCCGGUAGCGAAUGUGCGCACUUUUGCGACCAGUACUCCCCGUGCGAGCUUUUGGGACACGGUCCUGCCGAUUAUUCAAGGUAACCGCCGCGAGCGCCAACUGCAGCGCAAGCAGGGCGGUCUUCUUCCAGACGACUACGAGCGCGUGCAGCGCGACCAGCGCCGCGACGAAAUGAUGGCGGCGCAGUCGUCGACGGGUGACUCGCUCGUGGACGACGUGCUGGACUCGCCGCACGUGCGCCACGAGAGCCUGGAGAAGGAGCGCGCAGAGGAGAAGCGUGCCAAGCGCCUGGAGCGCAAGCGCUGGGGCGGCCUCGACGAGAACGGCGUGGAAAAGCAGGAACACAAGUACAGUACCGCCGUGUUCCGCAUCUCGCCGCGCAAGCUCAAGCUGCUCGCCGACCAGAUCAGCGGCAAGCCGAUCGACUUUGCCAUUGUCCAGAUGCAGUUCAGCGCCAAGCGCGCUGCGCGUCGUGUGCGCUCGACGCUCGUCCUGGCGCGCGAUCACGCGGUGGCCAAGGGCAUGGACCCGCGCACGCUCACGGUCUCCGAGGCAUGGGUCAACAAGGGCACCUACUUUGCGCGCCUCGACAUCAAGGGCCGCGCACGCCACGGAAUCAUGCACCACCCUCAGGCGCGGAUGCACAUUGUUUUGCGGCCGGGCAAGACCUGGGAGGAGCGCGAGGCCAAGCAGCUCGAGACGGCGCGCCGCCGCGUGCGCAGCCUCGGCAGCGGCGGCGUCACCCGCCUCAACCGCAAGAUUGUGAACGGAUUCCAGCGCCCGGGCUGGGCGUGGUAG